AUGUUAGACGAAAGCGCCGCUUUCUCUGUAGUCUUGUCACACAGCUGCCCGCCUAGAAGAGCCACUCGCUCUGUAGUCUUGUCACACAAGAUAAGCACGCCGCCCGCCUGCUGGCCGGGCGAAUCGAAGUUCUCUUCCGGUCAACUGUCCACCCAGUCAAGUGCAAAAAACACAGUAGAAUCACGCAACGCACGCUGCUGGUGUGCUUCCUGCUCGCAAGGAAAGAAGAGCGACAAGGUUCAGUUCAGAUUUGACUGUUUGCAGCAUGGGAGCAGAUUACCCAAAAAAUCCCUGGGAACAAUGAAAAAAAAAGAUAUCUCGGUAACGAAAACUAUAGGGGGCUGUAUUGGCGAGAUCCAACGGUGA